UUUAAAAUUUCACUUAAACAAUCAAUUUAAUAUUUUUAAAUUAAACUUUUAUACCUAUUACAAAUUCAAAAAAAUAAAAUAACAAAAAUGGCAAAUAAAAUUACAAUUUUUGGUUGUACAUUAUUAGUUUUAUUAGUUGUAAACUUUAUUAAUGCACAACAACCACAAUUUAAUUUCAAUCCACCAAAACAACAAGCUAAUGAUAAUUUUAAAUUAUUUGGCAAUGGUGGGGGUUCACCAAAACAAGGAUUUGAUUUAAAUCUUGGUGCACAGGCUAAAAUAUGGGAAAGUCAAAAUGGAAGAAAUACAUUACAUGGUACAGGUACUUAUUCACAACACUUAGGUGGACCAUAUGGCAAUAGUAGACCAAAUUAUGGUGGCGGUUUAAGCUUUACGCAUCGCUUUUAAAUGAUAACGAAUAUUUUUUUGUAAAAAGAUUAUGUAUGUAAAAUUAUGUAUGAUUGUUAAAUUAUGUCUUUAUAAAUAUUGUAUUUUUUAAAAGUAUUAUUAAAAAAUAAUAAAUUUAUUGGAUUUCAAAAGUCAA